AUGUCCUUCUCCCUGGCUGAUGUGGUAGCAGCCAAACCAGCUCACGUCGAGGAGGCCGAACAGCAACUGGUGCCGGAUAACGAUGGCGGCGAUUCGCUCACAUCGUCGCUGGCCAUCGAGGGCUUCGUGCAGGGCGCCGCCGAGGAUUAUACAGUUCAGUCUCAAACAUCAGCAGCUUAUGAUGAAGUGGAUGAAGAUGGCCGCCUGCAGCAGAUCAUCGAGUCGGGCGACAUGGAGCAGCUGGCCGAGAUAGUGCUGAAUGGCGAGGGCGGACGUCUGUUGGGUCUCAAGUCCAAGGAGCCGGAAAUUCAGGCCUUUCUCAACAACGUGCCCAGCUACAUGGAGAAAAUCCAUCGCGUGCACGAUGCGGCACGUGACGGCAGUUUGUUGGCGCUGCAGCAGGCGCUGGAUCGCCGGAAGUUUGCCAUUGCUAAGGACGACAUAUCACCAAAUGGCGCCACGCCGUUGCACGUUGCCGUCCUCUUUGGCCACAGCGAUAUCGUACGCUAUUUGGCUUCACGCUUUCCGGAGACCAUGGCAAUUACGGAUAAUGACGGACGCACGCCGCUGCACUAUGCGGCCACAAUUAAGGACAACGGCCACUUCUACAAUGUCCUCACGCAGCUGGGCGCCGAUCCAAAAGCGCUGGACAAGCUGGGCCACACGCCCGAGUUCUAUGUGGACAUGGAGAAGUCGAAAGAUGUGCUCACCUACAGUGAGCUGCUGACCGUAUUCGGGGCCGAGGAGCUGGAGAACCAGUUGCUCAGCGAUCAAGCUCGUAUAGCUCGCAUAGUUAGUCAACUUUUGGUGGCUAAUACGCGCAGUUGGUCUCACAGUUAG